AUUUAAUUCAUAAUCCUUUAUUAAUCAACACGUACUCAUUCUGUCAUUUGCUUCGUCCGGGACCCGCGUGCUUUUCUCUGAAGAUUCGGGCUGACUGCUAGCGAUACUAAAGUAGCUAGCAUAGAGUCCAUACUCCAUACCAUACCAAGAACAUGGGCUUACCAGGAGGAUCAAGCAGUGGAUCUGGUGGAAGAAGCGGGGGUAUAUAUAACUCAGUUAAGUUCAAACUUGCGAGAUCAUCCGCGGCUGCUUCCUCUAGCACUAUAGGAACAGAAUGCUAUCCAUCCCUUGACAAGGUCCGGGAAGCAUUGAAGCAUGCCGGUCUUGAAGUAUGCUAUCUCAUUAUCGGAAUCCACUUUACAGAAAACAAUCACGGAACAGGUGAUCCAUAUGAAAAGGCCAUCUCCAUCAUCGAAAAAACUUUGGAACCAUUUGAUGCAGACAACUUAUAUCAUUGUUUUGGCUUCGGUGACGGUAAAGCCGAAGAAGCUUUCAGCUUUAGAAAUGACCAUUCACCUUGCAAGGGUAUUAAAGAAGUUUUGGCCUGCUACAACAAUAUAGUUCCGAACGUAACACUUUCAGGGCCAACUUCUUUUGCAGCGGUAAUUAAUGCCGCUGUAGAUAUUGUUGACAAAAGUUUCGGCCAAUUCCAUACUCUUGUCCUUGUUGCAGAUAACCAGGUUACCAAAAGCUUCUUCAAUCCUAAGAGUCAAAGGUUGAGUCCAGAAGGAAUAAAAACAGCCGAAUCAAUUAUAAAUGCGAGUUCAUACCCCCUCUCCAUUAUUCUUGUUGGAGUUGGUUAUGGAUCAUGUGAACACAUGAAGGAGUUUCAGAACAUAAUCCCUAAGAGAAGAUUUAACAAUUUUCAGUUUAUCAACUUUACUGAUAUUGAGAAUUGUAUGUCCGAUGCAACUCCCUCUAUGAAAGAAGCAGCUUUUGCUUUUGCUGCACUCAAGGAAACUCCAAAACAGUAUAAAGCAGCUCUUCAACUUGAACUGAUUGGAAAUAUAACAGGGAAAGCAAGGGAAGUUGUACCACGCAGUCCACCAGUUCCUCACACUCAUCAUGCACCGGCAACAUCUGAACAAAGUAACCUUUUAGAACCUGUUUCAGAUGAAAGAUGCCGGCGGGAGGUUACAGAUGCCUUGUGGAAAGGUCUGGAGUCCUUCAAUUUCAUUGUUGGAAUUGACUUUACUAAAAGCAAUGAAUGGACAGGAAACAUGCGAUUCAACAUUCAGAACCUGCAUGCUUCUGGUGAUACACCUAAUCCAUACGAAAGAGUUAUAUCUUUACUCGGGAAAACUUUUGCUAGUCCCUUUCAGAAAGAUGACUUCAUUCAUUGUUUUGGUUUUGGUGAUGUUACCACGGUUGAUCACGAGGUGUUUAGCUUUCACGGUGAUUAUUCACCCUGCUAUGGUUUUGAUGAAGUCUUGUGUUGCUACAAAAGAAUAGUCCGAAUGGUGGAACUAGCAGGCCGAGCUUCUUAUGCCCCUGUAAUAGAGGCUGCAGUGGACAUUGUGGAGAGAAGUGGUGGUCAAUACCAUGUGUUAGUUAUCAUUGCAGCUGGCCAGGUUACGAAAAGUACCCAUACUAGCAAGAUGGAAUUAAGUCCACAAGAAGACGAAACAAUCAGAUCGAUUGCGGAUGCAAGUUCAUAUCCACUCUUCAUUAUUGUUGUCGGAGUUGGUGAUGGUCCAUGGGAAGACAUGAAGAAAUUUGAGGAUAAGAUCCCUGUACGUGGUAAUUUUCAGUUUGUUAACUUUACUGAAAUUAUGUCUCUACAUUCAACUACCUCUGAGAAACAAGCUGCUUUUGCUCUUGCUGCUCGCGCGGAAGUUCCGAUCCACUAUAUGACAGCUGUCGAACGUGGACUACUUGGACGUAGGACGGGGAAAGCAAACAAAAUUAUUCCACGCCCUCCACCUGUUCCUAAAACUAAUUGUGCACCGCCGACUCAUGAACCAAGUGAUCAUUCACCAUCUGUUAUGGAUUACCGAAGAAUGACGGACUGCUGCUCAGUCUGCUUGGACAGUGCAAAGGACCUGGCCUUCGGCUGCGGACACAUGACUUGCAGAGAAUGCGGCUUUAGAAUUUCCAAGUGUCCAAUAUGCCGCCAACCGAUCCUCAGUCGCCUCAGGCUUUACAAUGUGUAAAUGCAGAUAGGGGAUUCCUAAUAAGUCGCCUUUCGUUUUCGACACCCAGCUAUUGUUUUAGUGACAUUUCUUAUUUUGUCCUUGUAUGGUGCAUUGCCCCUGGACAAUGAAAAUCUCUUAUGUAGUUAUAUUCGUCUUUAAACAGAAUGCUAUUAUCAAAGGGCACCAGUUUUAGUACCCUUGAAUCAA